AUGAUGCAAAGCGCAACCGUUCUAACAGAGACUCCCGGGAAGGGGCUGCCGGACAUACUUGGAGUGCCAAUGCAGCAGAUCCCUCAGUGUGCAGGCUGCAACCAGCAUAUCCUCGACAAAAUUAUUCUGAAGGUUUUGGACCGGCAUUGGCACGCUAAAUGUUUGAAAUGCACCGAAUGUCAAGGACCGUUGGCAGAUAAGUGUUUCUCGCGGAUGGGAAAUAUCUACUGCAAAGAAGAUUUCUUCAAACGUUUUGGAACAAAGUGUGCCUCAUGCCAACAGGGCAUUCCCCCUACACAGGUGGUAAGGAAAGCCCAAGAUUUUGUGUACCACUUGCACUGCUUUUCCUGUGUAAUCUGUAGCCGACAGUUGGCCACCGGUGAUGAAUUCUAUCUCAUGGAAGAUGGCAGACUGGUGUGCAAAGAAGACUAUGAGACGGCAAAACAAAAUGAUGACUCCGAAGCAGGAGCAAAACGCCCGCGGACAACUAUCACAGCCAAACAGUUAGAAACGCUGAAAAGUGCUUACAAAAAUUCCCCAAAACCAGCAAGACAUGUACGUGAACAGCUGUCCUCGGAGACGGGAUUGGACAUGAGAGUGGUACAGGUUUGGUUUCAGAACCGCCGAGCAAAAGAAAAACGUCUGAAGAAGGAUGCGGGCCGCCACCGCUGGGGUCAAUACUAUAAAAGUGUCAAACGCAGCAGAGGAGCAAGCAAAAUAGAAAAGGAGAGUUCAGCUGAGGAUGUGGGUUUGAGCGACAGUGAAAUCAGCUUCAGAGAUGAUCAAAUCUUGUCAGACUUGAGCCACACCAACAGUAUCUAUGCCAGUGUUGGUGAUGCAGCAAACGGGGGUAUUUUGAAUGGAAGAUUCACAUUAGAUGGUUCUGGGCAGCCUUAUCAUGACGUACGAGCCAGUAGCCCGUAUGGGCUUCCCCACUCUCCAUCGUCCAUAAGCUCACUGCCAGGCCAUACCCCACUACUAAGUAGCCUGAGCUUCUCCAUGGACAACAUCAUGACACAGGCUGGCCAAGCUGGUGUUGGGCAAGCUCUGAGAGUCAUGGCUGGUGGCCCGACCUCUGACCUUUCUACAGGGAGCAGCACAGGCUACCCAGACUUUCCGACCAGUCCUGCCUCCUGGUUGGAUGAAAUGGACCACUCUCAAUUCUGA